AUGUGGGGGCUGGUCCGGGGGCUCUGGGGUCCCCACGCGGGGUUCGGGCCGCUGCUGGGCGGCUGUAGCACGGGGCGCAGCCUCCUUCCGGGCCGCCCCCGAGGCCUGCACGGCUCCCCGGUCUCCCGCGGCAGCAAGAACCUGCUCAAGAAAUUUGCCUCGAAAACCAAGAAAAAGUUUUGGUAUGAAAGUCCUUCCUUGGGAUCUCACCUUACUUACAAACCAUCCAAGUUGGAGUCCCUAAUGAAGAAUACUUCAAAGAAAACCAAGAAGGAAGACCACGUGCGCCUAAGGGCCCUGAAUGGUCUUCUUUACAAAGCGCUGACGAAUUUGCUGGGCACCUGUGAAGUGAGCCAGGAGGUCUGUGAGCUGAGUGUGGAGUUGUCCAAGGUGUCUCUGGCUUCAGACUUCUCAGCCUGCCGUGUGUAUUGGAGGACGUCUCUCUCUGCUGCACAGAAUGAGCGCACCAGAGCCAUCCUGCAGAAGAGCACUGCUCGGAUGAGACACCUUCUGAUGUCCCAGCAGACACUCCGGAAUGUACCGCCCAUCGUGUUUGUUCAGGACAGAGAGGAUGCAGCUGUAGCCGAGGUGGAUUUGUUACUGACAAUUGCUGAUUUCGGGCCCCCAGAUGGAAAAGAAGAGUUGGUACAAAAUGAUGUCAGGGAGGCCCUGGUCCAGACACCGCUGUCUGCUGUCACAGAGCCAGCUGCUCACCCACGUCUUUGUGAGAUUGAUCACGAGGCACUCAACAAGCAAAUCAUGGAGUACAAAAGGAGGAGGGAGAAGGAGCUUCCAAGUGUGAGCCUGGGGCGGCCGGAACAAGCCCAAGAGCAGCUGGCUGAGCUGGCAAGGCAGAUGAGGAGGAGGAGGAAGAAAGGAAAGCUCCUCAUCCACGACAUCUCUCCCCCAAACUUUCUGUUGGGUAGAGAGGGUGUGGAUGCUCUGGAGGAUGCAGAUGGCAUGUGGUUGGAGGAGGACACCCCAGCAUGUGGAGGACUGGAGGUGAAGACGGGCAUCCCCAAGCAGGGUUAG